UUCUUUUCUUGUGUUUUUCACCGAUUUUUCCCGUGUUUUCUUAUUAAAACUGAUAAAUAAAUAUUUUUUGUUAAUGCUAAAAUAAUUUCCAGAUGAAAAAAUUGUGAAUUCAGCCGGCAAGUAGCGGUGAAAGUGGUCAAUGUAAUAUGAUGGAUUACGGGAAUACAAAACCCAAACUUUUCCCCAAACAUGAUACAUAUGAUGUUUAGAUGCUAAAAGUACCUGAUUUUCAUAAUGAGACCGCUGAAAAAGUUUUGAGAUUUUCAAAAUUCAACUUUUUUGGUAAAAAAGUCGAGAUUUUGGCACAAAAUGUUGAAUUUUGAAAAUCUAAAAACUUUUUUAGCUGUCUCGUUAUGAAAAUCAGGUACUUUCAGCAUCUUAAAAGCAUAUAUAUCAUGUUUCAGAAAAAGUUUGAGUUUUGUAUAGCCGUAAUCCAUCAUAUUACAUUGCCCACUUUCACUGCUACUUGCCGACUCAAUUCACAAUUUUUUCACUUGGAAAUUGUUUUAGCAUCUGCAAAAAAAAUAUAUUUAUUUGUUUUGAUAAGAAGAAACGGAAAAAAUCGGUGAAAAAUGAAAGAAAACACGCAGAAAACAAAGCAAGAUAAAUGGCCGCUGAAAUUUGUCGGGGACUCGACCAUGGCCUAGAAACCUUUUUGCCUCGUCCCUCGUUCGAAAAAAGUUGCAGUGGUUUUAUUCAUUUUGCAGUUAAGGUUAUUUUUUCGAAUGCCAGUUCCAACUCCACUCUCGGAAUUCGUUUCUUCCAAAGUUGCCACGUUUAGCAACAUUCAAAGAUUCUUGAAUCUCGACGGAAAUGAGCAUCUUGCCGUCGCCGCUCUUCAAGACAGUCGGGUAAUGGGAAUUCCAGAAGCGACCGGCCCUGAAGCACCAGCUGGAGCGAUGACUGUUCAGUAAUAUAUCGUUCAAAACUCUACGACCGAUCCUGAUUCGAAGUUCGGCUGCCCGCAAUGCCACAAAAUGAUCAAAUGGUGCCAGAUGGAUCAUCACAUUUUCAAUGCACACGUCGUGAAGAAACCCUUUCGCUGCACAAUCUGAAGUUCGGAUUAUUGUGACAAGGAUGGAGCUGUUGCUCAUGCUGUGAAUUGUCACGACUUGUCAAGAGAAGAAGCAAAAACCAAGUCCAGAAAGAGAACUGAGUCGGAAACCAAAAAAAAGAUGGAGAGAAUGAUGAACGAUGCUAAGGAAGGUUUCUCGUACUGAUGGAUCUCACAUGUGCUCUCUAUUUUUUUGUUUCUCUUAAAAUUUGACGUUUUUUCUCCCUUUUGAGCCCCCUUUCAAUAUCGAUUUUUAAUCUGGUCACUUUUUUCUGGUUUUUUUUUUGCUAGAUUUAGACCUUCACCCUCCUCUCGACAAACGUGUAGAAUUGCUAAUUUGACCCCCUCCCAGUAAUUCACAAUUUCCUGUGGAGCCAUCCGAUCUCACAUGUGCUCUCUAUUUUUUUUGUUUCUUCUAAAAGAUGUACAAUCACUUUAUGAAAGGAAAUCCAACAAAUUCUACGGAGACGACACCAUUCUCACAGGAAAAUGUUUUCACUUGGAACAUCUGGAUAGUUGCAUCAACUUCGAAAUUUUCUUCGAGAAACAGUUUUUGGUGGAAUUUUUUAAAGAGAAAAGCGGAUUUAUCAAGUUUUUUCGUGAUCUCGUUCUCUGAUUUUUUUUAAAACAAUUUUUUUGAAUAAAUUAAAUUUUUU